UUGCAGAAACUUUAUCUCUUUUACAAAGAAAUCUCGCUAUUAAUCAUCAAGAUGACUGAGACAUCUUCAGCUCAAGUUGAGGAGAAGGCUCCGGCUAAAGUCGACUCGCCAAAGAAAGCAGCCGCUAAGAAACCAGCACUGAAGGCCACUCACCCGAGUGCCGCUGAAAUGGUCACUGCUGCUAUCAAAACUCUUGGCGAACGUGGAGGAUCAUCACUUCAGGCCAUCAAGAAGUAUAUCGCCGUGACCUAUAUGGUUGACGUUGACAAGCAAGCGCCGUUCAUUAAGAAGUUCCUCAAGUCAGCUGUCACCAAGGGAACUCUGGUUCAAACCAAAGGAAAAGGCGCAUCUGGGUCAUUUAAAUUGGCACCCACCAAGGCAGCAUCCAAACCCAAAGUUGCUGGUGAAAAGAAAGCAGCUGCUAAAAAACCUGCAGCCAAGAAACCAGCAGCUAAGAAAGCAUCUGGUGAAACCAAGACUGCGAAGUCGCCUGCGUCACCUAAAAAGUCGCCAGUCAAGAAACCAAGUUCACCUAAAAAACCGGCUGCUAAAUCUCCAACUAAAGCUAAAACAGCAGCUUCUCCUAAGGCCAAGAAAGCAACCAAGGCUCCAACAGCGAAGCCCAAGUCACCGAAACCUAAGAAGGCUGCUCCCAAAAUUGCCAAGUCUCCAGCUAAAAAAGCCGCUGCUAAAAAUUAGUAUAAUUACUAAUUGAUGAUUGAUUUUAAAAUAUAAACCCAACGGCCCUUUUCAGGGCCACCCAAAUUUUUUAAAACGUAUUCUACUCUUCAAGUCUGAGGCUCAGCUGUACGCUCAAAUUCUCGAAUUUUAGAUUUCUAUUAAUUCAUUGUCAUUUCAGCAGUUUCCGGUGAAAUCCAUAAACUUCGGAAGAUUUUCAUUAUUCAAGUCCCGUAAUUACUUAGAACGCAACUGAAAAUUUUAAUUUCUGGAUAUGUCAUGAGUAAUUUUACUAUUUUCAUUUUUUAUUAUAAAU